AUGGCACCGCACGAAGCUCUGUAUGGGCGAAGGUGUAGAUCGGCAAUUGAUAUGUUCAAAGUUGGUGAGGCAGAGUUGUUGGGACUAGAUUUGGUCUAUCAGGCUGUGGAGGAAGUCAAAUUGAUUCCAAGAGCAUUUGAAUACGACUUAAAAUUUCCAAAAGUGCUAUUCGAAACUGGUAGCUAUUGGAAGUUAAUUGGCAAGCUGUUGUACUUGACAAUUACAAGGCCAGACAUAUAUUUUGCAGUCCAAGUGUUGAGCCAGUUCAUGCAACAUCCUAAGGAAUCACAUAUGGAAGUAGCAUUGAGGGUUGUCAAAUAUAUUAAGGGAAGCCCAAGAUUAGGAAUUCUGUUGAAAAGUGGAAACACUAAUAGUCUCACACCAUACUGUGACUCAGAUUGGGUAGCAUGUCCAAACACUAGAAGAUCAGUUACAAGUUAUGUGGUGAAAUUAGGAGAUUCUCUGUUGUCUUGGAAGUCAAAGAAGCAGCAAACUGUUAGUAUAAGUUCUGCAGAAGCAGAGUAUAGAAGCAUAGCAGUAGUUAUGGUAGAGUUAAUGUAG